CGACCAUUUUGUUAUUUGGAAAAUGUACUAAAUGAAGAAAUUGGUUAUUUUCUUGGUAAAAAAAUUGAGUUUUGAGUAGAAAAUGGUGUUGUAGUUUGAUCUUGAUUUCUGAAUUCCCAAUUCCAAACAAAAUCCCUAGCGACAAAAUCAGAAAUUCAUCACACCACAACAAAGAUUACCCCUUUCUUCUUUUACAAGAUUAGGGGUUUUCGAUACUCUACACUCCCGUCCAUGGACAUCGACCCAGACAUCGCGAAUUGGAUUCUGGACUUCCUUCUCCGGCAGCCGCUCGACGACCAGACACUGAGUUCCCUGCUUCGCGCCCUCCCUCUCGCAAACGACGACGCCGACCUGAAAAAGCUCCUAUUGCUUCGGAAAAUGGAGUUCGAGGUGUCGCAAAAUUCAAUUUCCGAGAGCACCCUUGAUUUGCUCGAACAGUUGGAGGAAUUGGAGUUCCGAAAAGGGAACGACGUGGUUUCAGACGCCAUGAAGCGCGCGUAUUGCGCUGUGGCAGUGGAAUGCACGGUGAAGCUCCUGUUAAACAGGGACGGUGGGGAUAAGCCCAGCAAGUUUGGUUUUUUCGAGGCCGUGAAGAGGAUUUGGAGGGGCAGAGUUGGGAGAAUGGAGAAGGUGGUGGAGAAAGGAGGAUUGGGUUCGGACGAGCUCUCAUCGUGGAAGGACGAGAUGGAGGCUGCCGUCUGGGAGGAUAGCGUCUGCGAAGGUGUUGUGAGGAGGAAUGCAGGAGUUGUGGCGGUUGAGGUGGUUAAGGCUUAUUUGAGGGAGGAGAGAGAGAAAAUGGGUCCCUCGUUUCUAGAGAUGGUGGCCGAGGGUAUGAAGAAUGGGGACAUAGUUCAGGAGGUUUUGGGCCUGGAGAAUGGUGGUCGAGUAGUAGCAGAAAUUGAGGCGCCUUCAAGUUGUGCCGGUGCUAUAAAUAAUGGAGGCAACGGGACAGAAAAGAAAAGAAUUAAGCUUAGGGACAAGCUUGUUGGUUUACGACGUUCUAGAGGAUCAGUAUCUCGUAAUUCAAGAGGAGCCAAAAUUGUUGAUUCUGAUGAAAAUAGUUCAGGGCCUUCCCACAGAAAUUACAGUAUGCCAUCAAGUGCAGAAGUUAAUAGAGUUCGGGAAGCCCUUGGGUCGAGUGCGUCCGAGCUACACGCCGCUGUGAAGGAUCCCCUUCCCGAUGCGUUACAGUUUGCGGAAAAAAUCUCUGAUGACUCACGAAAGGACAAAGAUCAUGAACCUACUAUUGAAAAUAAUCGUUUUCGGCCCAAUCUUUUCAUUGUGGAUGGUGCUGGAGUUGUUCAAGGAAGUAGCCCUAAUGUGAACAAUGGACCUAAGCCGAGUUUGAUGGAGCGAAACAGUACUGCACAUACUUUCGAGUGGGAAGAUUCAAUUGAUAGGUCACAAGAAGACCCAGCUUCUGGAAGCAGGCUUCUGUUACCUAGUCCAAAGCCGAUAAACAUGUCUCCUCUAGACAGAUAUGAGGUCAAAAACUUAAAGAGAAGGAGGAAAGGUCGAAAAUGGAGUCUUGCGGAGGAAGACACCUUGAGGACCGGAGUAGAAAAGUAUGGCAAAGGAAAUUGGAAGGUCAUCCUAACUGCGUACCGUGACGAAUUUGAGGGUAGAACUGAAGUUGAUUUGAAGGACAAGUGGAGGAACCUGACGCGCCACGGGUAAUAGUAUUUGGGUUUUCAAUGCAAAGGUACAAUGCCAAGGAUGGAAUCUUUUUUAUCUAAAACAAGUGUCCAUAUGGUAAAUGAAGGAAAUGAGUUUAAUUAGUGAGAAUGUGGUGGAUAGAUGUCGAUACCAAAUGUGUUUGUGUGUAGGUUGUAAGUUCCUUUUCGGGUAGUUUUUUUUAAUCCUUUUUUUUUUUCUCCCGAAACUUUUUGUCUUGGUAAUUAAGCCCAUUGGCAUUUUAAUUGCAUUUGCCAUUAGUUUGAAAUGCCAACCCUGUAGAACUCAUCAGAUCUGUAUCUCUGAGUGGUCUACAUUUAUUUGUUAUGCCUUUUGGUUUUACUUUUUGUGUGUAAAAGAAAUUAUAAUUAUGCAACAUAUAUUCAUUUAGAUUUGUUAUGAAGAAG